CUUUGUAAUUUAGAUAAUUAAUCCAAACUAAUAAUUAAACGUCAAUUGUUAUUUUAUAUGUAUAUAUAUAUAUGUGUGUGUUGUUGUAAUCGUUAUAACGUUACUGUAAUCAAACUUAUAUGUUUUAUAGAUUUGCCGAGUAAUCAAAAUAAAGUAUAACGUUACAGUUUACUACAUCUUUACUACAACUUCGUACACAAUUCACAGAGCAAUAAAGUAUAACUGUAAGUUACUACAGCUUUACUACAGCUUCGUACACAAUGGAGCCUCGCUUCAGGAGACGGGCUGAUGGCAGCCUGAAUCUUUCGGACACACUGGAAGCAGCAAAGGUGAAGGAAGCCAACAAAGGAAAGCCUUACACAAGACCCCUGUCCCCGGAGGCUGUGCUGGACAAGGCCAAGAAAAGCUUAAGUCAGCACCAUGGAGAUCCAGCUAACAGAAAGCACCUGCUGGGUUUCUUUGAAAUCCAGUUUGGUAUCUUUCGUGGGCAAACAUUCAGGUGGGUUGCAGAAAAUGCACUAGGGUAUGCUGCUUACCUGGUUGCAUCUAUGAAGAGGGACCCCACAGGAGGCAGCAAAGACUCUCAAGAACAUGCCCACAACAAGGGGAGUUUCAGGGAGUAUAUUGAGCUCUUUCCUUCUGGCAAAAUUGCCAUUGCUAUGAAGGAAGAGCAAAAUUAUGCAAAAGCUUCCAAGCACGAUGCCCCUACUCAGCAAGCUGCACCCACCCAGCACGCUGCACCCACCCAGCAUGCUGCACCCACCCAGCACGCUGCACCUACCCAGCACGCUGCACCCACCCAGCACGCUGCACCUACCCAGCACGCUGCACCCACCCAGCACGCUGCACCUACCCAGCACGCUGCACCCACCCAGCACGCUGCCACCACCCAUGCUUCCACUGCCUCUCUACGCUCCCUCUUGGUUGGGAAGUUGCCUGACCAAAGAACCCUGACCAAGACCAUAAAAAGGAUGGUUUCCCCCAUCAAAACCACACCUUCUUUGGCCCAGGCACGUGCACGACCCUCUGCCACCCUCACCCAUCCAACUGUGUCCAUUGAGGGAGCCACAGGGCCCACAGCCACCCUCACCGACCCGACUGUGUCCAUUGAAGCCACCGCAGGGCCCUCAGCCACCCUAACCCACCCCUCUGUGUCCACUGAGAUAGAUGACAGCACACUGCUGGCAGAGGCAACUAUGUUUGAGGAGGCACAUGUGGCAUCAAAACGAGUCUGUCUUCCAGCUGGAUGGAUACACACCCUGCCUGAAGUAGACCAAAGGUGGAUAUCCAAGGCCCUGUUCAGGUGGGCUGCACCAGGCCGUCCUGAGCUGAUCUAUAACAGGGUGGACAAACUUUGGUGGUAUCCUCCACCGGUACCACUGAAGACCAGUAGUGCUCCUUCCUUGGAGAAUUACUUUGGCCAUCCUCUGCUGCUCUGGAUGCCACGAAAGCUGUGGCAAUUGAAGCUGACCUGUCCACAUCCAGACUGUCAGAAAGACCUUCUGACCUCAGCUGGCCUGCAUCAAAAGAUCAGGGUCGUGAUUGCUUUGAAUAGUGUGUACUUUGUGGCAUCUGAGUACCUGGCCUGCCGAAGAUGUAAGAGAAAGGUCAUCAGCUGGAGCCAUGAUAUCGUCUCCCAACUCGACAUUGGCCACAGAGUGCAGUUCCCCUGCAUUCUAACCUCAAAACUUGCAUGUGACUUUCAGGUAGUAUGUUUGAUGCGUCAACGAGGCCUGGGAAACAGCAGCAGCCAGAUCCAGCGCAAGCUGCAGGAGCGUCAUGCUGAGGUCUGGUUGCAAAAAACAGUCCAAUAUCUUACAGAUUGCAAGGGGAUUGCCAGUGCUGUCACAUCAAGCCUGAUACUGCCUGUGACAUUUGAACCGCUUCCUCCAAUGCCUUCUGUCCCUAAGCACCGGUGGCUGAUGCAGGUCUAUGCCCAGGAUGUCCUGCAACGGCUGGAUGAGAUCAAGGCCGCUAUAACAUCACAAUAUGGUCGGAUCUUAAAAAUGGAUUCCACAAAAAAAGUAGCCAGAAAACUAGCAGGACCCAGCUAUGGCACCGCUGCCUGGGCAACCAAUGUUGGAAAUGAGCAUGGACAGGUGAUCAUGUCCGUGCUCACAGCAAGUGAGGGUUUUGGUCUUGGGCCAAUGAUUGAAGGCCUCAUUAGGAGAUACAGAGUGGCUGGGGUAGCUCCUCCCGAGGUACUGUAUGUGGACCGAGACUGCUGUGGCAACACUCUUCUGAGGAGGAUGUUUGAAGAGUGGGAGCAAAUGACCAUCCGGUUGGAUAUAUGGCACUUUAUGCGGAGAUUUUCUGUGGGUUGCACCACCGACUGUCACCCGUUAUAUGCCACAUUUAUGAGUCGCCUCAGCCACUGUAUUUUCAUGUGGGACCAGGACGACCUGACGGCCCUGAAGAUGGCAAAGCGUGCAGAGCUAGAAGCUGACUGGAGACCAUCAUCUGAAGCUGAUGUACUGCGCCGUAUCAGCCGUAGCGAGCUAGCCCUACAUUGCAGGAGAACCACUCGUGGGACCAAGGAGACCCUGACGAUGAUUGAGAGCCUCAUUCAGGCCUUUGAAGGAGAUGCUGGUCGUGACACUCUGGGAGUCCCUUUAAUAAACUCAGCCCGGAUGACUGAGAUCAUAAAGUCCCAGCGAAAGCAUGUGGCCUGCAUCCAGGAUCCUCAAGGUGUGCAGCUCUACAUGCAGACGGGCACUUUAAUGAAGGGAGGGCAUCGUCUGCCAACUUACCGCUGUGCCAGAGGUUCUACUUCGCUGGAGUCUUUUCAUCUGCACCUCAACAGAUUCAUCCCAGGCACGCUGGCAAGUGACACCUUUUUUCAGGCGUAUCUUUUGGAUGGACUUGCAAGGUGGAAUGAGGACCGGGCUGUGGCAGCAACAACUGAUGAGCAGCAGCCACAUUCCUAUAGUCAUCUUCUCCGUCAUGCUGCCAAUAUUCUUUCAGAGGAGGUCAUGGGCAUGAAAAUCAGCCCUUAUGUUGGGCCAAGAAAGUACACUGGUGAACUUAUCGGAGUAGAGUAUCUUUACCAGCAAACUGGUAAAGUUCUGCAGGACUACAGGUUGGCCAUUGAAGAGUCUGAGACCACUGAGGUUGCUAUAGAGGUGGAGGAAGCUUAUGAUGAACUUGAGGAGUUUCAAGACAUCACUGUCCCCACCUUUGACACAGAGCGGAUACCUUCUGCUGCUUCACAAGCAUCAGUGUCUGCAGCAUCAUCUUCAACCCCUCCGGCAACCAGACCCAAGUCAUCACUGUAUGUGUCACCAGUGAGAUCUCCUGUCACCAGCUCUACGUCAUCACUGUCUGUGGUCCCUCCAAUACCAGUCACAUCUUCUGUUUCCAGCUCACUGCACACUCAGCCAGCACUAUCUCCUGGCGCACAUAGCUCCCCAGGUAACCAAGGGUCCACAGAAACUGACCUUCCAACAUCUGAAGAGAACCCUUCGCAUGAUGAUUGUGUUGGACCCGAUAAUAUUGAAGGUUAUGGAGCUGUGCAGGACUUGGCAGAGUAUUUGUUCAACCUUAGAGAACACCGUCUGGCCUUAACUGGAGAAGAGUCUGAUCAAAUCAUCAACCUAUGGCAGGCAUUGGGGGAGUUUGAUAAGAAAAAGACCACUUACUCGCCACGUCACCAAACCAACCUAAAACAGGGACGAUUCAGGGCCAGUAAGAAGAAUGUGGCACCAGGUGUGGAGAGCACCAGAAGGUGUUUCAUUGGGCCUCAUAGUCCUGCACAGAGGCCUGACUGCAACAGAGUGGUGGAGGGCAUCUUCAUAAGGCUCUGUGCUCUCUACCAAAACGCGGUGCGUGUUAAUGGAGAGAGGGUCACCCGCUUCACAAUGAUUGCACGGGUCUACAGACAUAUCCGAGAGUGCAUCCUCACCAAUGAUAGGGUGAUGAGAGAAACCACCAUCCAGCUUCCACAGAUGAACGCUUCAACAAUCUCAGACUGGUUCUCCAAGCGUGACAAGUCACAGAUAAACACUGCUGGGGAGGCAAAACUCAAGAGGAGGUCACAACCUCCAGCCAUCACCCAGGCACCACCAUCACAUCAAAGACUCCCUAUCAUUGCACCAGCAAUACCCGUCUCUCUGCCUUUCAUUUUGCCCUCCCUGCAGCUUCCGACAGUUGUAGAUACAUCAUCUUCAGUGCCUGGAACUUCACAGGUGGUGUUCUUUAACGUACCUUUACCUUCUGCUAUGCCACCAUCAGCUCAGACACAAACAUCCAGUCAAGCUGUACCUUACUCCACUCAGCAGUACAGGAAGAGAAAACAGAUGAGGGAGGACACUGGAACUGUCACACGCAAAUAUGUGAGGAAGACAGAUGUUAUUCUUUGUAGAAAGUGCAACAAAGAGAGAAAGCCACCAUCACAUCUUCAGUACUUUGGCAACUGGUACUGCAAAGAGACUGAGACUCAGUCAUAUGCUGAAUGGAGGGCUGUGCUGGAGGGACGUGGUUAUGGGAAAAAAAAAACAGGAAAUGACAAUCCUCCAGCUCCUUAA